ACCAACCAACUCUCCUCACCCAAACCUUCCGCUACACGUAUCAUCAUCAUCAACCCACAAGACAUAUGUGCGUGUACAUACAUACAUACAUACAUACAUAUAUAUAUAUCCAUCCUCUUUUUCUUCUUAUUAUUUCUCCUGAAGAUUCCGUUCAUUAGCUUAUUGAUUGAAGCUUACGGGUUGUUGGUCAUGAAAUCCUGUUUCUUCCUCAUGAUGUUAACAUCUGCCUCUUUCUGACUCUCUGCUUUCCUUCUCUAAGAAUACUGACCUCGCAUCUCCACUGCAUUGACUCUCUCUCUCUCUCUCUCUUUCUUCCUCAAGUCCUUUUCUUCAUGGUUCCCAUUCCUUAGGUUUUAUUAUUUAUUCCUUUACAUUACCCUUUCGCCUUUUUUCGCCUUCUGCUCAAUGGAUUGCUUCUUCCCGCGUGUUUAACCUUUCCCAUUUCCUUCUUUUUGCUCCAGAUUUGGGAUUCUUCUCCUUCGCCCUUCAUUCACUACUCUUUUUUCUUCCUUAUUAUCAAACAAACAAAUUUGCUUUUCUCCUUCUUUUUUGUCCAUCGGUUGUUGAUCCUGGUGCUCAUAUGCGUUUUCGCCGCUUUAUGAUACCUCGUCUGGUUUCUUCAUCGAUGGCGGGAUGUUAGUGCUUGCGGGAAAGGCGAAAUAGAAACUUUUCCUCUUUAAAUUUCUUCAAAGCUGGAUGGGAUAAAAUGGCAGGUUGACGAGGGAGGAAAGGAAGAUAAGGGAUGAAGAAGGUUCAUUAAAGCCUUUUAAUAGAAUAACAGUUGAAAGAUUGUGGUAUGAUAGCAAUGUCAUCACAGACAGUUAUGGCUAUCAAGUCCUACCAAAAUCAGGCUGAGGAGCUGGUUAAGAACUAUUUAUUAGCAGAUCCCUUCAUUCCAUACACUUCUAUACUAGCUGGUAUCCUUGUUUGCAAAGUGGCAUAUGAUCUCGUUCAGUUAAUUAGUGCCUUCAAUUUCAAGACUUACAAUGGUCUUACAAAAAUCCAGCGAAUUGAAUGGAACAAUCGUGGUAUCUCUACGGUUCAUGCCAUUUUUAUCACAGCUAUAUCGUUGUACUUUGUCUUCUGGUCAGAUCUCUUUUCUGACCAAAACAUUGGUGGUCUUGUCACCUUUCGUAGCUCACCUGUUUCCGCAUUUGCUUUGGGGGUUUCCGUUGGCUACUUCCUUGCUGAUCUUGGAAUGAUUGUUUGGCUAUAUCCUUCUUUGGGUGGAAUAGAGUAUGUUGUACAUCACUCUCUUUCUGGACUUGCAGUAGCAUAUUCUCUGUUUUCUGGAGAAGGACAGCUUUAUACAUACAUGGUUCUCAUCUCUGAGGUCACGACUCCAGAGAUUAAUAUGAGAUGGUAUCUUGAUAUUGCUGGCAUGAAGAGGUCUAAUGCAUAUCUUAUUAAUGGUGUAGUUAUCUUUUUCGCUUGGCUGGUUGCAAGAGUUCUUCUGUUUGUUUACAUGUUCUACCAUGUUUACCUGCACUACAACCAGGUCAUACAGAUGCACGCAUUUGGAUACCUUUUGGUUUUUGUGGUACCAUCAGUACUAGCUGCGAUGAACUUGAUGUGGUUUGGGAAGAUUUUGAAGGGGUUGAAGAAAACUUUAGCAAAGAGGCAGUGACUGGUAGGAUCUCUCUUUUAUUAGGUAAUGCAUUUUAUUUAACUUUUAUUUCCAUUUUGUAUGUAUAAUUGAUAGGGAAAGUUUAUUUGAUUUCCAUAUGGAUGGAAAUCAACUUCUUGUAAAUGAUUAACUCUGAAUACCUUUCAAGUAUAACCUUGAUAUCUGAUCUGCAUGGCUGUACAUUCAA